AUGGAGUACCUCUCAGCCCUGAACCCCAGCGGCCUGCUCAGGUCAGUAUCCAGUAUGAGCUCUGAGUUUGGCAGGAAAGUCUGGACUUCAGCUCCACCACCCCAGCGACCUUUCCGUGUCUGUGAUCACAAGCGAACCACCCGGAAAGGUCUGACAGCUGCCACCCGCCAGGAACUGCUAGACAAGGCACUGGAGGCCCUGCUGCUGAGUGGAAUGCUAACACUGGUGCUGGAGGAGGAUGGGACCGCCGUGGAGAGUGAGGACUUCUUCCAGCUUUUGGAGGAUGACACGUGCCUGAUGGUGCUGGAGUAUGGGCAGAGCUGGACCCCCAGCAGGAGUGGGGUGCUGUCAUACGGCCUGGGCCGGGAGAAGCCCAAGCACAGCAAGGACAUCGCCCGUAUCACCUUUGAUGUAUACAAGCAAAACCCUCGAGACCUCUUUGGCAGCCUCAAUAUCAAAGCCACAUUCUAUGGGCUCUACUCCAUGAGUUGUGACUUUCAAGGACUCGGCCCAAAGAAAGUACUCAGGGAGCUCCUCCGUUGGACCUCUGCACUGCUGCAAGGGCUGGGCCAUAUGUUGCUGGGAAUUUCCUCCAGCCUUCGCCAUUUAAUAGAAGGGGCCGAACAAUGGCAUUGGCAGCGGCAGGGUCGCCUUCAUCCCUACUGA